CACAGAAGUUUUCCUUCAAAGUAUGUGUAAUAAAACUACUGCAGUCAACAACACUUCUAUUUAACAUCAAACACAAUGAGGUUAACUGCUUUUAUGUUUGUGUAUUUCCUGAAACAUUUCUUAAUAAAAGCUGAAGUAGAAAUAUUUAUGAAGAGACCGAUACUGUUUGGUAAGGAUAGUAUGACUGUAUACUGCGAGCCACAAGAGGAUUCAAAGAAGGUGAUAGACAGUAUCGAAAUGAUUAGAGUAUACGUGGAACACGACGGAGGAAAACUAGGAACAACAGCAUCAAAAUUAUCAAGAAUCGUCAAAAGCACAGAGUUUGGAAGUGCAGAAAUUCAAAUGGGCCCUGCAAAGACAGGGAGAUACAAUAUUACAGGUAAUAUCAGUAUGGUUGAAAAAGCAUAUCUCGGUGUGUAUGUAAAAAGUGAGGACGUUUUGUGUUCCGAUAGUAGAUUGUUUCGCUGUGAAAUGAGUUUUACUUUAAAGAAUGGUACGGAAGCAACUGUGUACAAGGAUGGGUCGACAUGUGUACAAGGGCCAUGCAAUGAAUGCAAUUUUGGGAUCCAGAAUUUGGAAAUAAGCAGUACCAUGGCCAAUGAAGAUAAAAUGAUGAUAAAUUACCUGUUACCGGUCGGCGGUGUUCUUGCUUUGUUUGGAACUGUGUCAUUAGUAGUAGGCAUUGUUCUGACAAUAAAAUCUGUAUCACGACGAAGUAAGUACGCCAUACAAACCUAA